UAACCCCUCUCGCGUGACCUUUCCCUUCCAUUCCGCACCUCCCGCGGGCGGCGGGGAGAGCGCGCGGCGGUUGGGGCGCUCGCUCUCCUCCCUUCAUUCCUCCCCACACGCAGCUCUCCCCCUCCUUGCCCCUCCGCGGUUCCUCGUCAUGGCGGCUCUCAGCAAGUCCAUCCCUCAUAACUGCUACGAGAUCGGCCACACUUGGCACCCUUCCUGCGGGGUCUCCUUCCUGCAAAUCACUGGGGGCGCCCUGGAGGAGUCCCUGAAGAUCUAUGCCCCUCUGUACUUGAUUGCAGCAAUUCUCCGGAAACGAAAAUUAGACUAUUAUUUACACAAACUACUUCCUGAGAUCCUACAAUCUGCUUCAUUUCUGACGGCUAAUGGGGCUUUGUAUAUGGCAUUCUUUUGCAUUUUAAGGAAGAUACUCGGGAAAUUCUACUCAUGGAGUCCAGGCUUUGGUGCCGCCCUGCCAGCAUCUUAUGUGGCCAUUCUCAUUGAGAGAAAAAGCAGGAGAGGGCUCCUUACAAUUUAUAUGGCCAACUUGGCUACUGAAACACUCUUUAGAAUGGGUGUAGCAAGAGGAACCAUCACAACGUUAAGAAAUGGAGAAGUCCUUUUGUUCUGCAUCACAGCUGCCAUGUACAUGUUCUUUUUCAGGUGUAAAGAUGGUUUGAAAGGAUUUACAUUCUCUGCACUUAGAUUUAUUGUAGGGAAGGAAGAAAUUCCCAUAUAUUCUUAUUCACCGGAGGUAGCAUUUGCAAAAGUGGAACAAAAGAGAGAGAAACACGAGGAAAACCCAAGAAGAAUGAACAUCAUUGCUCUAGUUAGGAAACUUGUGGAUUCAAUAUGCAAGCAUGGACCAAGGCAUAGAUGCUGCAAACACUAUGAAGAUAAUUGCAUCUCUUACUGCAUUAAAGGUUUCAUCAGAAUGUUUAGCGUGGGGUACUUGAUCCAGUGCUGCCUGCGGAUCCCGUCUGCAUUGAGGCAGCUGUUCACACAGCCGUCUCGGCUAUUUUCUCUCUUCUAUAAUAAGGAAAACUUCCAGCUUGGGGCUUUUCUUGGCUCUUUCGUUAGCAUAUACAAGGGUACUAGUUGCUUCCUGCGCUGGGUCAGAAAUCUGGAUGAUGAACUGCAUGCUAUCAUAGCUGGAUUUCUGGCUGGUAUAUCAAUGAUGUUUUAUAAGAGCACAACAAUUUCCAUGUACUUAGCUUCUAAGUUGGUGGAGACAAUGUAUUUCAAAGGCAUUGAAGCAGGGAAGGUUCCCUAUGUUCCCCAUGCAGAUACUAUCAUCUAUUCCAUCUCUACAGCCAUUUGCUUCCAGGCAGCUGUCAUGGAAGUUCAGACUUUGCGACCAUCAUACUGGAAAUUCCUUUUAAGGCUCACCAAGGGCAAAUUUGCUGUCAUGAACAGAAAAGUUCUUGAUGUUUUUGGUACUGGUGCAUCUAAACACUUUGAGGAUUUCAUCCCCAGGUUGGAUCCAAGAUACACGACUGUAACACCAGAGCUGCCCAUAGAAUUUUCUUGAAGAUGAUUGUAACUUAAUGUGACUACAUUUUUUCUCAUUUUCCUCUGAAGAGUUAAUUACGUUGAGCACAAAGGGAGGGGGCUUGAGCUCAAACUUCAGUGUUAUUUCAACGAGAGAUGUUCUUUUUGUUGUUCAUUUGUUUUUCUUACCAAUCAAAAAUACUGAAGCUUUUUUAGGAAGGUCUUACUUAAUAAUUAAGCUCCCUCUGGAUCACCAUAGUAGUUUGCAUUAUGAUAUAUUAUCAAUUAAUUAUGUCCACAAGCAAUUUAAAAUUAUCUAUGUAGAAUUGUAAUAACAAAUAAGAGUAUACUUAAAAUUACUUUAAACAAUGUCUUUAGUUCAUUCCAGUAUAAUUCUUGGUUAAACUAAGAAUGUGUCUACACAUUAGGAUUUUUAAGGUUCACGGGUAUAUGGAUUUGGUAUGCUUUUUUAAAUUGUUAACUCUAGUGGUGAUUAUUCUGGAUUAGAAGUUGACUCUUCACAAACAGUGCUGCUUUAGUGUAGAGCAAUUUAGUGGAGAAAGUAGCCAUUCUUACUUCAGGGAUGCACAAGUGAGUAUCAGAUCUUCUGGAUGACUGCCGUGGUAUCCAUGUUCUUCUUUUCCACUGAUACAUCAUCUCUGUUUUUUGACCAGCUGGGCUGUUUAGCAGCCCAGUGAACCACUGUGCUAAUGGCGGGUUAGGAACAAAUGGAAAUUGACACAUCUGAUAAAAGUUGAAAUAUCCUGUUUUAAUCUUUUACAGAAGCAUUACACUUGAAUAUUUAAAAACAAAUGAAGUUACUUCUGCACCUCCUCUAUAUUUAUUAUGUUUGUUUUCAUUGGUAAAAGUGGAAUUCCUUAAAGCUAAGUUUGUGUACAGUUGUUUGGGGAGGGAUCAAAGUCCUAUUGAACUAAAGUAAUUUGGCAAGUUUGGCAGUUUCUUCCCUCUCAACUGUUUCACCAAUGUAAUGGAUAUUCUAUGACUAAAAACCAGUAUAAAAAUUCACUAAUUGGAUUCAGAUCCUUUCUGGUUGCUUGUAAAAAAAAAAUAUAUAUAUAUAUAUAUAUAUAUAAUGUAUAUAUAUAGUCACCAUAUUUACUAUGUUCACAUAAAGAAGUAACAAAAUAUAGUCAUUGCUGUUUAUGAAAGUUUGUUCAGGACAGCUGUGACUGCAAUAUGAACAUUCUUAGAGUUUUUCAGGGAAAAGUUGUACUUUUCUAAGCUAAUAAAAGAUUUAAAUGGUUGUGCUAUCUACAGUUAUAUAACAAAUAAGGGUGAUUGUAUAUUUUUUUAAUAUAAUUUUGUUGCUGAAAAGGUUUUAGGUCAUUGUGAAUUAUGCACCAGAACUUGUGUUGCAACAGGAAUUACUACACUGACUUUAAAAAUGCUUGAUCUCCCAUAUUCAAUUUCAUCAAGUCCUGCAUACUUCUGUUUAUAUGUAAUCCUAUCCUUGGUUGUUAUGGCAGAUUGAAACCCAACAAAGAGAUCAACCUUGGUAGCUGAGAGAGCCACGCUUAAAUUGGCCAAAACUUUGCAUUGUGCUUAAUGAAUGAGACUUGAGCUGUAUCAUCAGCAGUGCUGUUGAAGGGUUGUUUUGGUUUCAGUCUUCAAAGGUGAUUAAUAAAUUACAUUUAAGUUUUUAGUCACUGGAAUCAAAAUGAUGAUCGUUACUGUAUUUACUUUGAAGAAUGAAGUAUUACAGCGGUGAGAAAGCCUCACUGCCUGUACCUCAUUUUCUCUAUUUGGAAAUUAUGUUUAUAUUAUUUUUCUGUCAGGUUAAAAGAAACCAUGUCAAUCUAUAAAUUAUUGUGUUUACUGAAAUUAAAAAACUGAGAUCGAAAGACAAAUUCUUCUGAAAUUUGCUGAUACUGUUUAGUAAAAUUUUGCUGGUCAAAAUGA